UUAGCCGCUGAAUAGAUUUUAAUAAAUUACCUCGGGGAGCUCCAGACUUUUUUUUUUUGUGUUGGAGAAGACGGGGCAAAGGUCGGGCGUGAAGCCGGCAGAACACCCCUGUGGGUUGGAGAGUGGAAGGAGGACUCCUGGCACUGCACUGCUGAAACAAAGGAGCUGUCCAGCAGAAUGGAGCUACACCCAUCCAUCACCGCCGCACGUAAUGGAUGCAAAAGAUAAUGGCGCUCGCGGUUUCUUUGUAUCUUUCUUCCCAACCCACCGCUCCGGCAAACAAUGUCCACAGAACGCGGCAACCCCUGAGAAGAUGAAGCGGCUGAAUUCAGCAAACCUGCUUCGCUGGACUGUGCUGCUCCUCAAUUAUCUCUGGAAAGCUUCCUCUCUCAACGUGCGGACAUGUGAAGGAUACCCGGGGCAAGGAGAUGUGUACCAUACAGGAUUUCACUGCCCGCGUUUAAGUGACUCUCAUGAGCAUAUGUAUUGCUGCUAUACAGGAAACAACUCUCUGAAAUAUUGCUGCAAACAAGAUGAGUUUGAAACUCUAAUGAAAGUGAAUCUGUCUGAAAAAAUUGCUACCUACAUUUAUAAGAGCCCGCUUCCUCUGCUUGGCAUCGGCUUCUACGGACUUGUGAUUCUUUCUCUGAUGAUUGUAGAUUUCCUCUAUUACUACAAACUCAAUAAGAAAGCUUUCUGCAGCAUGCUAAGUCAUACUUGGAUUGUCAAGCACCUCGUCCUUCCAAUUUUCCAUAGAAACCCAAAUAAAGGCGUUGAGCCGUGGAACAAAGGUGUAGCGGAUAGAAUGGCGGCGGAUGGCAGACAGGGCGGGCACAAGCCUUUAGAUGGCAGAGUGUGAAGAUGCUGCGGAGGUGGAAGAACAAUAGAGAGCUGAUAAAUAUUAAGAGACAAUAGUAAUAUUUAUACGCUUUGACAACACAACAAUCGUGACUUGGUAAGAGGGAAGUAAUCAUUCAUUCUCGCUGUUCCAGGAGAUAUGCAGAGGACCAGCUUUCAAGAUAUGAAUACUAAUAGAGGUUGUGUUAACCCCUGCCUGCCUUACACAUACAUACCAUGUAUUAUGACAUCGAACGUUCCUUUUCCUGGCGUCUGAAGGUAAAUGCCAGGAUUGGAGGUGAUAUAUUAGUACGGCAAUUAUGUUUCAUAUUUAGGAAUGAGCAAACCUGAAAGUUUUCACUUUGCCAAAAUUUGGGAAAAAUCUAGACAAUCCAGUAACGUUUUUCAAUUUUGCAUUGGAGCCCAUGGGGACGGCAAAAUUAAAGCGGUAUUAACACCCUACAAGACAAAGGCAUAACGAGCUAGUAAGCAUCGCAUACUAGCUCAUUAUGAAAUACUUACCUUAGAACAGUGAUGGGGAACCUUGGCACCCCCAGAUGUUUUGGAACUACAUUUCCCAUGAUCAUGAACUCUGCAGUGUAACAAAUGGAGAAACAAAAUAUGGACAGCCGCACUCCAAAAAUACCUUGAUGGUUGUCUUUAUUUAAAAAAGGAAAAAUGCA